AAGGGGAACGGAAGGCAGACGACAGACCUGUACACCAACAACAGGCACAGCAUGACUUCAGUCAGCACCACGCGCUGGUGGAUUUAACCACACAAACCCUCCUCAUCUUAACAUGCCAAGCUUAAUCACUGAACCACUGACAUCGCUUUUUAACAUGGAGAGAGACGAUCGCAAGAGAAACAAAAACAUUGGAAAGAAUUUCAUGUGCCGACUCCAGUGUAUGUUCUCCCACUCUUCGACCCCAGAGACGAGGCUAACUUUAGAGGACACACAACAAUGGUCCCAGUCUCUUGAGCGACUGCUUGAUUCUAAAUAUGGCCUAGCAACGUUCCGAACCUAUCUGAAGUCGGAAUUUAGCGAUGAGAACAUUGAAUUCUGGCUCACAUGUGAGGAGUACAAGAAAAUCAAAUCUUCAUUCAGGAUGAGCUCAAAAGCCAAGAAGAUCUACGAACAGUUUGUGAAGGCUGAGUCUCCUAAAGAGAUAAAUAUCGAUUACCACACCCGAGAGGAGAUCAAAAGGAACGUGAAGAGCCCCACAAUACACUGCUUUGAUGAAGCUCAAAGGAUAGUGUAUGGAUUGAUGGAGCGGGAUUCCUACCCCAGAUUCCUGAGGUCGGAUAUGUACAGAACCUUACUGGAAAACCUUGCUGCUGAAGGUGUCAAAGGCUGAGGAGUACUACCCCACUUCCUGCCCUCCUGACCCCCCGAAAGAAAACGACACCAACAGAAAAACAAAAGAACUGGACAUUGGGUUUCCAAGAAACCCAGAUGGUUGCUGCUGAAAGACAAGACAGAGCAAUACCCCUUUAAAAACGGACAGAUCCACACCAAUACCAUCCUGAUGGGCCAUCCCUAAACUCUCGACAGCCACCUCUACAGGAUCCUCAACAGGGAGACCAAGGAGGCUGGGAUGGGGAUGCAGGAGCUGCUGACAGCCCCUGAGCAGGUCCAGAGCUGAUGGUUGGUGGCUGAGACAGUUUCAGUCUGGGAGAACCGGCCACUCGAGGGCUGUCAGCCCUGCAGUCGAGUGCAACUGCAGCCUGGAAGGCCUGGAGCAUGUGGCCGAGUCGUCCCUUCUUGCGGAGGUGUUUCCUGUUGCCCCUGAUAAUGACGAGGAACAUUUCUGCAGCCCAUCCGGUGGUUUCUUAAGCCACAGCGCAUGGCAGCUACUGUAAUCAGCUAAUCAGAGCGGUCACAGCCGCCAGGAGAGAAAACAUGCCUGCAACCAUGACUAUUCAUUAUUACCCUCUAUCAUUUUUUUUUAAAAGAAAAAAACAUCAAUUUUAUAAACACUGUCGCCCUUCUUCCCCAAGGAGGAGCACUAUGACCUGAUGGAGUGAACCGAGUUAGUGACUGUAGAAUGUGCUUCACUGAUGUCAGAGUUUGAAGUCUUUUUUUUGCUUACAUGCACAUACUUUAAUGAUUGGACACUAAAGUGUCAUAAUAUUUAAAACUAAGGUGGACAUUUUUCAAUCAAUUUUACUGCCAAAUAUGAAUGGACGUGCUGAUUUGGUGGCAAGAUUUAGUGUCAAGAUUCCACCCUGUACAUGAAUGUAGCGCUAUUUAUUACCCACAGCCACUGGUUGGAUGCUGACUUUUGCUGUGUUUCUGUGUAUGAGAUGUAAUUAUAAAUAAAGAUUAAUUUAUUUUGAAA